UUUGUUUGAUAAUUCUUCGAGAUUUGUAUGACAACAAUUUAUAUGAAGCUCCUAAUGAAAUAGAAAAAUUAGAGGAAAUAGACAUGGCCCAAAAUUACUUUGAUGAACCUGAAAAUGAAGAAUAUGUAAGAAAAAAAGAAAAAAUUCGGUCAAAGGACCCUGGAAGAUAUAAUGGAAGAAAAGUGGAGAAAAUCCAACCUGAAAGUGAAUAUUCCAGUAACAUCUCUGAUGAUGAAUUGUUAUACAAUUCCAAAAGUGAAGAAGAAGACGAAGAAGACAGACCAAUCAGCUCUCCGGAGGAUUGGGAUUCCGAUGAUUUUUGGAUUCCACAUUUUUCUCCUCUUUUAAGAACCAAGCCAAUUGAAACUUGGAAUCAUUUUGUAAAACUAAAAAUGGAGGCAGGCAACUUUUGUCCAGUGGAUGCACACCCAGUUUCAGUAGCUGAACGUGUGAAGUAUUACAAGCAUUGCUAUCCCAUAGAAGAAUACGAAUCAGAAGGACAGUUUGAUGAUAAUUCUAGUGACAAUAGUUGAUACAAAACGUUAUAUUUUUUUUGAGUUCUCAUUGCUAUUGAGUACUCAUUUAGAAACAAUAUAAGGCCAAUAUUACGAAAAAAAAGAAAGUUAAAUAAUGUGAAAUGCUUAGAUCUGAGAGAAUUUUUUUACACACAAAGUACAAAUAAUAAAAAAAUAAAUAAUAUGUAAAUUGUAUUAUGUUUGAUUUGCAUGGUAAUAUUAUGAAAAUUUACUUUAUAAAAUUAAAUUGCAUAAGUGGUAGGUAGGCUAAUAUUAUUAAUUAUGCCAUGGAAUGUGAGUCUACUAACUACCUCAAAUAUUUGUUCAUGUGUUAUUUAUUAUGUUUCAUAUUUGUGUCGACUAUAAUGUACAAUACAGGUAGAUUUUUUUAUC